CUUUUUACAGGUCGGUGUGUAUUGAUCUGGUUAACUAUAAAAGCGACGGGUGUGAGUGUAUGUCCUGGCCAAGGAAGAUUGACUCUAUAUUCCUUAGUCCUGGCGCUAUCUGCAGUUGCCUCGUGAAUUUAGGUCCACACAGACCAGACCAGAGUCCAAGCUGCUGCCCUGCCUCGCACUGACCACUCCUGCUGGCUUCCCCGAGGGUCCCUGCUGGACGGGCUGUGGCGUGUGGUGCCGAGAGCAGUGCUAUGGUGGAGGCUGUGAGGCCAGGCAUCAGUAUGAGUGGCCAUCAGCACAAGCAGCAGCAGUCUGCCUCAGCUGUGGGGAGGCGUAGGCAUGGUGGCAGGGAUCACCAGGAGGCAGGCAGCUCCAGCCACAGAGAAGAGGUUAAGUUUGAGUGUCAGCUGUGUGAUAAAACUUUUAAAUGUAGAAAUGGGCUGAUGUAUCACAUUCUGACACACAAUGGUGUUAGGAAUUAUAAGUGUGAGGAGUGUGGGAAGAAAUUUACCAGAAAAUCUUCUCUCACUACACACACCCUGAUACACAGAGGUGUCAGGAACUAUGAGUGUGAAGAGUGUGGGAAGAAAUGUACCACAAAAUCAAACCUCACCAUACACACCCUGACACACAGUGGUGUCAGGAAUUAUGAGUGUGAAGAGUGUGGGAAGAAAUUUUCCAGAAAGUCUCACCUCACCACACAUACCCUGACACACAGUGGUGUUAGGAAUUAUGAGUGUGAAGAGUGUGGGAAGAAAUUUACCACAAAGUUUCACCUCACCACACACACCCUGACACACAGUGGUGUCAAGAAUUAUGAGUGUGAAGAGUGUGGGAAGAAAUUUAUCAGAAAGUCUCAGCUCACCACACAUACCCUGACACACAGAGGUGUCAAAAAUUAUGAGUGUGAAGAGUGUGGGAAGAAAUUUACCACAAAAUAUAACCUAACCACUCACACCCUGACACACAGUGGUGUUAGGAAUUAUGAGUGUGAAGAGUGUGGGAAGAAAUUUACCACAAAGUCUGACCUUAACAAACACAUCCUGACACACAGUGGUCUGAGGAAUCAUGAGUGUGAAGAGUGUGGGAAGAAAUUUACCCAGAAGUCUUCCCUCACCACACAUACUCUGACACACAGAGGUAUCAGGAAUUAUGAGUGUGAAGAGUGUGGGAAGAAAUUUACCACAAAGUCAAACCUUACCACACACACUCUGACACACAGUGGUGUUAGGAAUUAUGAGUGUGAAGAGUGUGGGAAGAAAUUUACCAGAAAGUCUCACCUCACCAUACACACCUUGACACACAGUGGUGUCAAGAAUUAUGAGUGUGAAAAGUGUGGGAAGAAAUUUACCCAGAAGUAUUCCCUCACCAUACACAACCUGACUCACAGAGGUGUCAGGAAUUAUGAGUGUGGAAAGUGUAGGAAGAAAUUUACCACAAAGUCUGAGCUCAACAAACACACCCAAAGACACCAUGGUGUCAGGAGUUAUGAGUGUGAAGAGUGUGGCAAAAGAUUUUCAACUAUUGCUGCUCUCGACAGGCACACCUUCAGACACACUGGCUUGAGGGAAUUCAAGUGUGAUGUUUGUGGCAAGUGUUUCAAGACAAAAUCUGAAAUUGCCAGGCAUGUGAUGAUCCACUUUUGAGGUGGCUGUAGUCUUGCCUGUGGCGGUAGUGGUGGUGGUGGUGUGGGGGAGCAGUGACCUGUUUUGUUGACAGUACAGGUGUAGGGUUGCCAUAUAUGAACUAUCAAAAUUCCGGACACCUUCACCAACACCUGAUUAUGGUCCUGAUAUGAUAUUGGAAAACAUGUAAAUUAAUUAAAAGAAACUCAACUUAUUUACCUUUGCAUAUGGCUGAUAAUCUUGAAUUCCGUUUUUCCACUUAGCUUAGUUGCUGUCUUCUAACUCUUCUUCAACCACUGCGUGUGUUGCUUGAUGUGCCGAUGCAUAUUUUUCUGUAGAUCUUAUAUUUUUAAGUAGUUCCUUGUUGGACUUUAAAAAGUUGAAGAAGUCAACGCAAGAGGUCUCUCGGUAGUUGUACUGUACAGUCAGAAUACCUUUCAUUGUAUCAACACUCAGCUUGUUCCUUUCCUUCGUCCACUGACUUUGCAUCAGCGAAAAGACUCGGUCCACAUUAGCAUUGUGGGAUGUUACAGCAAAAAAGAAUUGUGCAAUUUUGAGCAGUUCUGGGUGGCAUUCAAUAUUCUUUGAUGCUUCCAAGUAUCUGGUCCAUUUUUUAUGUGCUGGUAAUUUACUGAAGUCUUCAUCAUUCUUGUUCCUUCCUACAAACUGCCUCAAGUUACAAACUUGGUCAAAGCACUUUACAUCAUCAAGCUUUAUUUCCUUGUCUAUCAAGUAUACAACACAAGGUUCCACAUCAGUCCAGUUUGGCAUUUCACUCAAGACCAUCCACUUGAAACAAGAGAACUCUUCCAGUGGAUUCAUCCACUUAGCUAAGUACUCUGAGCAUCUGUUGUACAGGUUAAGUACUUCAACACAGAACCUGUUACACUCUUCUUCUUUUCCUUCUGUGCGCUUCUGAGCAAUUAGUCCUUUAAAGAGUGCAUGUGCUAGAGGUAAAUCUCACUCAUUUCAUUUUCAAAGAAUUUUUUUAUUACUGUUGGUGGUUGCUCUUGUGAAAGAAAGAAGGACUUAAGAGCAGGAAACAUCUCUAUCAGCCUUGUGAUGCCAGGAAAUAGUGACAGUCAACGACUCUUACUAUGAGAGAGAAGUUUCCUGUACUCAACCUCAGCAAAUUCACAAUACUCCUUUAGUUUUUCAGUGCGAACUGUGUGGAUAUGAAAAUACUGAUAAAUCUUAUUGAUAAUAUUUUCAAUAUCAAUAUCCAUUCUUUCUGCUCCAUGAUGAACACAAUUAUUCAGAAUAUGUGCUGGGCAACCUACUCCAAUCAAUGACUUUUCCAACAUCUUCAGAUUUGCAAACACAUUAUUCCUUUCUUCGUUACGCAUGAACAAUCCAUGGAUAAGAAACUACCGUGAUGUUUGACAGUGUGAAAUGCAUAAGCACCUUCUGCAGCACUAACAUCUUCAGCUUCACUUCCUGGUUUAACAAAAUAAUGUGUCAUCUUCAUAGAUGAACCCUCUUGCACUGCUCUCUUAUGUUUCUCAGAGCUCACAUGUGACUGUAAGUCAUUAAUGCCUUUAUGUGCCAGUGAGACAAAUGUUCCUGGUUUACACACCAAACACUCGGCUUCCCACUCAUCCCUGCCUUUUUUGAAGCACGGGAGUUUGUUCUGCAUCUCUGCAGUGAAUUUACACUUUCAUUUGGGCAUCUUGACAAGAACAAGUAAUAGUUGUAAUGACGAAGUCACAAGGCCGCAAACAGUAAUCCAAACUGACCCCUAUCAGAGCUGGUGAAAGAAUGGGGCACGAGCGCGACGUCAAGAGAAGCGGCGUUGGGAAGGCUGCGAGCACCGACUUCAUACAGGACCCAUACACCUCAGUCUUGACCGAAACCAAUCCAAAGCAGCUGCCACUCGGUGAACCCCUCUCUCUCUCUCUCUCUCAUCAUUUCAACCCAAGGAAAUUUAAUAAAUGUGAUUUUUUAACAGUUAGUAAUGAUGGAAGGUGAAAUUCCGGACAUUUGAGGGAUUUUCAAAAAUCCCCCCGGACGCAGAUUUCGCUAUCUGAUUUCCGGAUAUGUUCGGGAAAAUCCGGACGUAUGGCAAUCCUAUACAGGUGUAACUCAAUAGAUGUGUCUGUAUGGUGAACCUUUGUGUAUAAUUAUAUCUUUAGUAUGUUUGUGUAUGUACCAAAUUGUUGUGUAAGGGUGUGUCCACAGAGAAUGCAAGAAAACCAGCGUUCUCUGUGUAUGAUCCUAAUGCCUAAGCUCUGUGUAUGUAGUGUAAUAAGGUCCCUUCACCCUCAUCCACAAGAUUCCGCGCUGCGUGUCACACUCUGCCAGUCUGAGCAUCGUGGAGGAUUGAGAUGCAAAUAAAGAUGUGGUAUAUCGUUUA